UUAAGAAGCACUUCACCUACACCUCUUCUGACCAAAAAGCGGACGCCGGUGAGCGGAUAGCUUGGAAGCAAAACAACGGCGGGAUAUCUCGUGGAUAUAUCAUCUCAUUUAUUUAUUAAAAGCAUUUUUUUAGAGGGGUGUCUGGUUCAUGCCAAAACUGGGGGAACAGAUUGGCCAUCGGCACACUUCCACGCGGAGCGUCAUUGUUUUCGCCACAAUCAUUGGUUAUCGGAUGGACCAGCAUCCCAGUGCCCGGAGCUGCACCAGCCGCGGUGCUUCGUCGUCGUCGUCAUCGUGCGAGGCCACCGCCCCCGCCGAGCCCUCCAUGAACCUGCACAUACACUCCACCACCGGCACACGCUUUGAGCUCUCGCUGCCCCAGGAGGAGACCGUGGACGGGCUGAAGAGGAGGCUGUCGCAGCGGCUUAAAGUACCCAAAGAGAGGCUCGCCUUGCUCUACAAAGAAACGAGACUAAAUUCGGGAAAACUUCAGGAUCUUGGCAUCUCGGAUGGGAGCAAACUAACACUCGUACCAACCGUCGAAGCAGGAUUAAUGUCUCAAGCGUCAAGACCCGAGCAGUCCGUAAUGCAAGCCUUGGAGAGCUUGACCGAAACUCAGGUCAGUGACUUCCUGUCCGGCCGCUCCCCCCUCACCCUGGCGCUGCGUGUCGGCGAUCACAUGAUGUUCGUCCAGCUCCAGUUGGCGGCACAGCAGUCGGGCGGCCCGCAGCUCCAGCAUAGGCACCUUAUCACCCGCGGAAACUCGGACGCGGCGGCGAGCCCGCCCACAGGACAGCUGUGCGCCCCCCUCCCACACUCCGCCCAUCACCCACACUCCACGCCCUCUUCCUCGAGUACCUUCCCCCUUCCAUCGACACACCAGCAGCAGCUCCCCACCAUGUACCACCAGUCCCCCUCCUCCAGCCCACACUGCAGCACCGCCACCCCUCCACCGCCUCCUUCUCACUCGCCGCGCCAGGCGUACGCUUUCCGCUCUCCUUCCCAUCACCUUCGUCAUCAUCACCAUCAGUAUCACCAGCCUUCUUUAGGCCAGCCCAGCCACGACGUCGGCCGGGCCAGCCCUGUAGCCCCCGUUUUGUGCCCCGAGGCCAACUGCAGCACCAACAGCCCUACUACUGGCACCAAUUCAUCAGCACGCUCCCGUAAACCUGGCGCCAUCAUUGAGAGCUUUGUUAACCACGCCCCCGGAGUCUUUUCAGGGACCUUUUCAGGCACUUUGCAUCCAAACUGCCAGGACAGCAACGGACGUCCCAGGCGGGAUAUAGGUACUAUCCUUCAGAUCCUCAACGACCUUCUGAGCGCUACGCGCCACUACCAGGGCAUGCCCCCGUCCCUCACCCAGCUCCGUUACCAAACCCAGUGUGGCACACCUAACUCGCCGUCCCCGUCCCCGUCACCACCGCCUCCUUCGCCCCCGGUCGCCGGCAUAACGGGCCUCUCCGCCAAAGCUACCUCGAUACCUGCUGGCGCCCCCGCCAGCCCCGCAGUGACUCUUCAUCCACUGGUUCAGAGCCAGAUCCGCAUGUGCAAGCCACCCGGUGACCGCGUCCGUCAAACGGAGAACCGCGCCACUCGCUGCAAGGUGGAGCGCCUGCAGCUGCUGAUGCAGCAGAAGCGCCUGCGCCGGAAGGCCCGGCGGGACCAGCGCGGCCCUUACCACUGGCUGCCCAACCGCAAGGCGGGACGCAGCAACAGCAACAGCAGCAUGUCCAGCGAGGGCUCCCUGGAUCUGGACUUUGACGACUCCGUGUGGAAGCCCGACGUCAAGGCCGACCUGAAGUCCGAGUUUGUCAUGGCCUGAGAGGGAAAGGAUCAAACGUACUAACGGGAUUACAUGUGGCAGGAUGAUGGACCAUGACUCACACUUGUAGACCGAAAUCCUUGGACUGGAACCAGACUCCUCUCGUAAGGUCUCGCGAUACCAUUGAUUGGUGGUGGUAUUUGUACUUUUUGUGUGAUAAAGCGCACUCUGGACAAGGACCAAGAGCUCCAUGCUGGACUUCUGGACACAAGCACCAGGUGCCUCAGUGUUCUCCUGGAGAAAAAAAAACAAAAAUCCCAAGAAACUUUAUCGGGUUAUCCGCGGCGGGCAUUCUCACAAACUCAUUAAGCAGCAGCAGCAGCAGCAGCAGUCCGGUUCUGACCUGUUACAGGGUGGUUAAACUUCUUUUUGUUGUUGUUGUUGUUGUUGUUGUUGUUGAUGUCGUUGCUGUUGUUCCUUUUUCUGUUUGGAAACAUACUAUUUUAUAAAAGAAUACAAAUGUAGCAUUGUUCACCAAGCAUUCAGGUUUUCAUGUAGAACAGUUCAAUGUGGAUUUUGCACAUGAUCUUUGGAUUUUUGAACAGUGCGCAGAAAGGAGGCGGAGCCUAAUAUGGACAUAUUGAUCAACCUCGGCGACAUAGGGCGGGGUUUCCCAAACUUUGUCCAUCCAUCCAUUUUCUACCGCUCGUCCCUUUCGGGGGUGACGGGGUGGUGCUGGAGCCUAUUACCACAAAAAUGUAUCAUAAAUUGACAUAUAGUAUUACACCUUUUCCUUUUUCAGAAAUCUGGUACAUGUUAAACCAGGGGUCCCCAAACUACUACGAAGUAAAAAUUUAAUUAUUUAUUUUUUUAAUAUAUAUUUUUUUUCAAUCUGUCAUUUCAAAUCCAUUUUCUACCGCUUGUUCUUUUCGGUGUCUUCUAGCCGCUCAGGCAAAUCAUAUUGUCGAAAAAUGCAUUUUCCCAUCGAUAACGUGACAUCGCGCU